CUCUGUUCACCUGAGAAUUCUUUAGCAUCUCUUGUUCAAUUUUCCCGGUUUGUUUGAUCCAAGCAUUACGAUGCACUUCAAACUGGGCCUAGUCAUAUUUUCUGUCCUUAUAUUCGGGCAACUAAGUCUUUGUCAACUUCCGACUGACAGCGAUGAGCGUAAAGGGUAUACGCUUUCUUACCGCAAUGGACGCUAUUAUGUACACACCGACUCCUAUGAUGGUGGUGACGAUCCCGUCGACAUCAUUGGAAUUGAUACAUCCGACUAUAUUAUCACUGUCUACGCAGCGUAUAAUGGUUGGGAAAAAAGACGCGAGAGCGAGAGACUAAAGUUACGCGACAUUCAGAUGGAGUUGUGGGACAUACAGCCAGACGUCAGGCGUAGCGAUUUGACCGCUGUGCGACGUAAAGGUAUUAUCAACAAGCAAACAGCCAGGAAAAUCCGGAGGGUGUACGAAACGCUAGGAGAGGAUGAAGAUGAAACAAUAAUUGUGAAUUCCGGCGACAGUGGGGCCAAGGGGGAAGCGUGGAGGUUGCUUAAGGAUACGCCUUUCUUUGGUGGAACGGCAAAGCUCUUGGAUGAAUAUAACGUCGGGAAGCGUAUAUCCCAGAUUGUUAUUCGACCGACUGAUCAGUUGUCCGGAGAUCACGAUCUAGAGUUUAGAUUUGACUAGACUGUUGGAAUACCGACGGGAUCAUCUACGGGAAAGUAGGGCCUUAGGCCUAGCUGGGCUAACACACGACUAGACAGCUCGGUCAAUAUCCACAGCCUCUGUCGAUUGCUGUCCUUCAGCAAGAGCCUUUUCUUCUACACGCC